UGGAGUAGUGGGCGGGGAGUAAGGGUUGGUUGCACGGUAGAGUAACGGCUUCCUCAGCGCGGCGUUGAGGGAGAGUCGCCGGUCUCCCUGCGGCAGAUGUUCAUGUUUCCAGGUGUUGCAGCUAACCGGCCGGCGAGUGUGAGGUGAACUCAUUUUACAUGGCUACCUCUAUGAAGCAUAGAGACUUAAUUGAACACCAGAACAACACAAAAGACUCCGAUAUACAGAGAACAAGUUAUUGUGAAACUGAGUGGCAAACGCCAAUACUUUCACAAAAGUGCCAGCGUAAGACUGAAAGCAGGCCCAGUACAGCUGAUAGUGGGGACACAGCUUUGGGCACAUCCUGUUCUGAGAGCACAGAUGAUUUCUGCUGCUUCACUGAGAGUUCUUCCUUCAAACCCAUAUGCUCACAGUCCAUCAUCCCCACUGCCCAUGUCAUGCCUUCCACAUCUGGCAAUGUGCCAUCUAACCUCCAUCCAAAGAGUAAUUCAGUCUUCAGUUCCAUGUCUAUACAGCCGAGUGGUCCGUCAGAUGGAAGAGAUGAAAAGUUUGGGAAGAAGUGUUCUUCAUUAUCCAAAUGGAAUGGAAUUUCCAGUUUUGUGACUAGAACUGGAAAAAUAGAAGAUUCUUCUGUUAAUGUGAGAGGUUUGCCUGUAGCUUCAACAAAUUCCUGCAGACCUGGAUUGAAUUUGCAUGACUAUUCUUCACACCCAAAUGUUGAACAUCUGAGAUUGGAGGAAAGUAUGCAAACAUUUGAAACUCCUCAUAUUGAACCAACCUUAAAUCAGUCUGCAUUUUUGGAGACAAUGUGUGGUGAUUCCCAGUACAGGUUUCAAGGAUGUAUCAAGGAUAACGAACAUCUUAACAUCAACAGUGCUGGAAAUGAGGAUAAUUACAAUAGUUGUGACAUGACUUUUAAAUCUUUACCCGAGAGUAAAUCUGCAUCAGUUGUGACUGCACAGUUUGGACCAAGACCUUGCUUGCAGCCAAAUGUUGGAGGGGGCUCUGUUCCUGAAGGACUCCAUAGUUUACAAUCACAGCAAAUACUUUGGGGUCCAAUAGGUUUGAGAGAACAAAUGCACGGGAAGCAGCCCAAACUUCGAUCCAUAGAUAGACCUUGUGACCUGACUAUAUGGCAGCAACAACAGUUGGAGAGUCUAAGAGUACAAGUGGAACAGGUGCAGGUUUUGAACCAUGGAUCUCAGCAAUAUCCCACUAUAUAUCCUCCUUAUAUACACCAUGAACCUAGCAAAUGGGACCCACUUAUAAAAGCAAAUGAGAGCUUGUUGAAAGAAAAGGAACUGGUGAUUGAAAGGCAGAAACAGCAGAUCUCUCAGCUGGAGCAGAAGAUGAAGGAGAGUGAGUUACAGCUUCAAAGUGCUCUGUUUGGACGUACUGUACCACUCAGCGAUGUCUGCAUACUCCGACUGCAGGAAUGUCUCAGGGAAAAUGCUUUUUUACGGGCACGUUUUGCUGAGCAUUCAGAGGCUUUGGGAAGUGAGAAAUUGGACAUGGAGAAAAAGUUAGCAACGGCAGAAGUGGAGCUUUGCCGGCUGAAUGAGAGUAUCGGAGAAACUGCACAGAAGCACUCGGAUGAUAUGAAGAGAAUGGAAGAAAAGGUCCGAGGCCGUGACAAACACAUCAACAACCUCAAGCGGAAGUGUCAGAAGGAGGCAGAACAAAAUAGGGAAAAGCAGCAACGAAUUGAAACUCUGGAGCGGUAUCUUGCAGACUUGCCCACCCUGGAUGAUUAUCAAAAGCAGAGCCAACAGCUGAAUGACUCUGAGCAGCAAACCAAUCUGCUGCAGGGCACGGUACAGGAUCUAGAGGCCAAACUUGGAGAAGCUCGUGCUCGCUGCAGGGAAAAGGACAACGUUCUGGAAAACCAAAAGCAGAAGGAGAUGGAGCUGGUCUCCACUGUUCAUGGCCUACAGGAGAAAGUUGCAAAAUGCCUGGAGGAUGGUGUGCGGUUACCUAUCCUGAAUGUAGAGACAUUGAAGUGUGAGAGCAACAAUCUCAAAGGAGAUUAUGAACGAGCUGUGAAGAUUGUCGAUAAACAACAAAGGAAAAUGGAACAGCUUGCCUCACAAAUACAGGCCCUGGAGGAACGGGUUGUUCAGGAAGAGGGGACAAGCCAAGGUCUUCGAGAAGAACUGUCAGAGAAAGGGAAUGGAUCACAAUUAUUGAGAAAGGCAAUGAAAGAGCUUUCUGCACAGAAUCAGGAACUUAUCGAAAAGAACUUGACUCUUCAGGAGCACUUGGGACAAUUGGACCAAAGUAAGCAACUACCAUUGGAGUGCAUGCAGCUAUCAGAGAAAUUGCACAGAGAGCUGGCCAAGAAUCUGCAAGAUCUACAAGCAAUUUGCAACAUCCUCACACAGAGAACCCAAGGCAAAGAUCCAAGCCUCUCUCUCCUCCUUGGUAUACAAUCAAUGCAUUACUCCAGUACAGAGGGAGACUGGCAAAACACUGAGCUACUGACCAAGAAACUGGCUGAAGUGAGGCAGCUGGGCAGAGACAUUGACGAGUUGCGAACAAUGAUAUCAGAUCGAUAUGCUCAGGACAUGGGAGACAACUGUAUCACACAGUGAAUUUAUGCAAUGUGGUGGGGUGGGGGUGGGGGGGGGGGGCACCAUUCAGGAUCUUUGUGUUAGACAAUCUGACAAAAAUGCCUUCAUUGAAAUUAAUUCAAGAAAAUAGAUCACAAACUCGCCGCAUUGGCACUUUCCCGUAAAUUAUAAUGGCAAUGAUCUCAUCACAGCUGUGAUUUACACCACUUUUAAUGUGACAGAAGCAGUCUUCCUGGUGUUGCUGCUGUGUUUGUGGUAACUAUUCGAGCUGCAGAGAAAUGCUUCAUCUGCCUUGUGAACUGUCCUUGUGAAUAGUCAUCUUCUCAUGAAGGUAGAAAACCUGUAGAGUCAAAACUCGAAAAUAUGGGGAAUUAUCGCAUUGUGUGGCAUCUGUUUCAGAACUUUGUUAGGGCUACAAUGUUAACUUUCCUUUUCCACAGAUGCUGCCCAACAUAUUUUCCGAAUUUUCUGUUAAGUUUUGUACAGUGAGUACGUUUUUCUCACACCAAUGCUCAGUUGUAUUUCCGUCUGGCAAAUUACUUAAACUGAAGUUUGCAGUUUUUUUUAUCGCCAGUAUAGGGAACGAAAAACCAUAUUGAGCAGGCAAUGAAAUUAAUUUUGGAGGAAAUUUUAUUGGCUACAUUUAGAGACGGGUGUGGUGCGCAGACUGGUGAAACUUGAUGUGCAGACUUGUAGAUUUAUCAGCAAAUUUAAACACAAUUCAGAAGGAGGAAUGACAAUGAAUUGACAAGUUGGGGUAGCAUUUUUAGUUUCCACCUUAAUCUUAUGGGCUACUGUGAUACCUCUCGGUCAACUUGGUAUCCAUUACAACUGAUACUUAAACAGCUGGACAGGUAUGAGUGCAUACAAUUCUCCUGAUCCACACCAACUGGGUUGAAUCAGUCUCUAGCUUUUUUAAAUGUACUUUCUUUUGGUGAACUUUGCACUCAAAGUGAAUUACCUUCCCAACCUUAUAUGGGCCUUGUAUGUAUUCUCACUUUGGGAAUUCCACCUGCAAAUUUCUCCGCUCCUGUGGAGAACUAUACCUUUUUGUGUUUCCACACAGUGUGUUGAUAGAUACUGUAAACCAAGUGCAGAUUGAGUGUGUUAAGAAUUGAAAUGCGACUCCCCCAACCAAAACUGGAACUUAAAUUGUGCAGAAAAAUAUUAAAUAAAUGACUUGUGUGGAUUGUAUAUAAUGCUCUCUGGGACCUUGGGAAUUGGAGUUUAUUCUGAUGAAUUGUUGAAAGAUUUUGAAACGGAGUUGCACUAAGUAUGUUAGUGACACAGUUUCAGAUUGUGCAUCUGUUCUGGUUAACUGUUGGGAAGUGAGAGUGUGGGAAAUGGUGCUGUAUUUAUGUUUGAAUAAAGUGGAUCUGGAGCCCGAUCUAGCAUUGAUCAUUUAUUGGUGAACAGGAUUCUUGCCUUUUAAUGAGCAAUGCUAAUUGGUUCAUCAAUUUUAUUCUCUUACAAAAUUAACUGAAAGAUUUGUAGAUUCACCACAGGCUCAUCUGCUCAUUGUGUUUUUGUCUAAUACUGACAGAUAAGCCUGUUUUUAGAUAAUUUGCUGCAUUCAUGGGGAGAAAAAAAUGUGCUUUUUUUUAACAGAAAUAACAUAAAUGAUCUAAGUGGCACCAAUCUCUCGCUGUCCAGUGGUCUGUGAAUGAUAGCUUUCCUUUGUAUAAUAUUUGAUGCAAAGUUGAAUCGUUUCUGAACUUCUACCAUAGUAUGAAAUGUUUUUUCAUACUGAAAAAUAUAAAGAUGUCAGCAUAUAAGGAAUCAUUUCUGUGGUACAACUGGAAAAAUGUGCCCUGCACAUUGAGCCAUAAACAUAGUUCCUUAGAACUUAUCUUGCAAUUUACCUGAGCAGGGUUUAUUGUGAUGGUCAAAUUCAAACCCUCUCAAUUGCCUUGAAAAGACAUCUAUUUAUACUGAUUUUUAUUAACAUUUUGUAAGUUUCUAAUGCUGGAAUUAUUUAUAAAUUUAUUAAAUGCAAUUAUGUUUGUAUUUACAAAUAAAAUUUUCUAUUUAACUGGC